UUGUGUGACAGAAGUGACAGAAGUGACAGAACAACACCGAAACCCAAAUAUACAUUUUUUCAUUUUUAUUUUCAACUUUCGUUGAUAAGAAACAACUAUAAAUGGUGUCACUAUUAAGCAAUAUAAGUUUUAUUCAAGCUCGUCGUCUUAGUUACAAAAGUAUAAUCUCGUGGUACGCGGGACUGGUUAAAAGCAAACCUCACGAAGCCCCCUUUAACCACAUAAUCCAAAUAGGAGACCCAACACUGAGGACGACGUCCCAGGAAAUCCCUCGCCACCUUAUCAAGUCCGACGAAGUGAAAUUCCUGAUAAAAAGAAUGGAAAAAGUAAUGCAAAAAUACAAUUGCGUAGGUUUAGCAGCCCCACAACUCGGUAUUCCUUUUAGACUAUUCCUCAUCCAGUUCAGCGAGAAACAACUCAACUACUACAAACCACAGGAACGUGAAGUGAAAGAAAUGCAAGUGGUCCCGCUGAAAGUGAUUAUCAACCCAAGAGUCGAAGUAACAGACUACACGAAGCUAACGUUCGUUGAAAGUUGCGAAAGCGUGAGGGGGUUCCACGCAGAAGUUCCCAGAUACAGGGGAAUCAAACUUACAGCUCUCGAUGAUAAAGAGAGUGCUUUUGAGAUGAAUGUUGUAGGUUGGCCGGCUCGUAUUAUUCAACAUGAAGUUGAUCAUUUAAAUGGUAAAAUGUACACAGACGUCAUGAGAAGGACGACUUUCGCUUGUAGUUGUUGGCAGGUGGUCAAUGAGAGGGGAGGAAAAGUGGAGCUACCAUAUGGCGCAGAUUAGUUUACUGUAGAUUUAGAUAUAAAUAAAGUAACUGAGGCUUUUUACUUCUCCAGUGUAA